AAGCCCAAACAGACUGCACCAUCCUUCAGCAAACAGAACCAAGUUAAGCUUAAAGCCUCAGCCCUCAGGCAUCACCAUGGCAACCUCCGCUAUCCAACAAUCAGCUUUCGCUGGCCAGACCGCUUUGAAGCAGUCCAAUGAGCUCGUCCGCAAGGUCGGUGUCUUCGGUGGCGGUCGUGUUACCAUGCGCAGAACUGUGAAAAGUGCUCCCUCCAGCAUCUGGUAUGGCCCUGACCGCCCAAAGUACCUGGGUCCAUUCUCUGACCAAAUCCCAUCAUACCUAACUGGAGAAUUCCCUGGUGACUACGGGUGGGACACUGCUGGAUUAUCAGCUGACCCAGAGACAUUUGCUAAGAACCGUGAGCUUGAGGUGAUCCACUGCAGAUGGGCUAUGCUUGGUGCCCUUGGCUGCGUCUUCCCUGAAAUUCUUUCAAGGAACGGUGUCAAGUUUGGAGAGGCAGUUUGGUUCAAGGCUGGAUCUCAAAUCUUCUCCGAGGGGGGCCUUGACUACCUUGGCAACCCUAACCUUAUCCAUGCUCAGAGCAUUCUUGCAAUCUGGGCUUGCCAAGUUGUGCUCAUGGGAUUUGUUGAAGGAUACAGGAUCGGUGGUGGACCACUUGGUGAAGGACUUGACCCAAUUUACCCAGGCGGUGCUUUUGACCCACUUGGAUUGGCUGAUGAUCCUGAUGCCUUCGCAGAGUUGAAGGUUAAGGAGAUCAAGAAUGGCCGCCUGGCAAUGUUCUCCAUGUUUGGAUUCUUCGUCCAGGCUAUUGUCACCGGAAAGGGUCCCAUUGAGAACCUUUACGACCACCUUGCCGAUCCGGCCACCAACAAUGCCUGGGCUUAUGCCACUAACUUUGUCCCCGGAAAAUGAACAACUUAGAUAUAUCAAUGGUAUGUCUUUGAAAGCUGUAAAAUUAAUCUCUACGUGGCAUGUGUUGAAUAUCUCGAGUGCAGAUGUAAUUGAACUACUUAUCUUUGGGGCUAUUGUAUAAUUAAAAUUUCUGAUCUUUUGUGCGUGAAA